GUUCAAAACAGAACCACGCGGCCGUUUAGGAGGAAGUACUUGCAAAACCUUCAUCUUCGCAACGUUCAACGGCAGCAAAUUUCCGAAAACUACAUGUAACAAAUUGUUGUAAUUAGAAUACUUUGUGGAGAAUUUCUUAAAAUCCGAUCGUGUUCGAUCAAGCUUGACAAUUAAUUAUUCCUCAAAAGGGUAAAAUUUGAAUCGCAAAUUCAAGCAUAGCGUGUCAGGGCGCCGACUCGAGAGAGCUAAUAGUCCAACCUCCUCUAGUCGAAGAUCAGAGGUUAUUAGAAGAAACUUUGGUGAUUCAAAAUGUCUGAUCCAAUAGAUGUGUUGCGGAGACCACAAGUGAUAUGCCGACUCUUGUCAUUAUUGUUUUCAAUCAUUGUGUUUGGUUGCAUUUCGGAUAAAGGCAAGGUGGACCUCGGAGAUGGUAAAAUGUGUGUUUAUGAUGGAGAUGAUGGUGCAUGCAACUAUGGAGUGGCCAUUGGAGUGAUUGCAUUCAUUGCUUGUCUAAUAUUUCUUGCUUCUGACUUCUUCAUGGAAUCCAUAUCAAACGUUGAAGCCAAGAAGUACAUCUUUCUUUCUGAUCUACUAUUCUCCGGCAUUUGGACAUUCCUUUGGUUUGUUGGUUUUUGUUAUCUUUGUGACAAAUGGCGAAAGCAAGACGAUAAGGAUUCUUUCUCCUCACAUGUGAAAAGUAAUGCUGAAGGAGCAAUUGCAUUCUGCUUUUUCUCUAUAAUUUCUUGGGCCUUUCAAACAUUCUUUGCAUUUCGAAAUGUUAAUGGUGGAGCUAGCAACUUUGAGUUUGGUGGCCAUAGUCGACAACCAUAUGAAAGCUCACCCUACUCAUCAUUCCCAGACCAACAACAGAAUGAUGACCCGUAUCAAGCAAAACCAUUCGAACAAUCUGGUCAAACUGAUCAAUCUGGAGAAUACCGACCACCAACAUACUAAACUAAACACUAUUUGUAUGAGAGCUGGUACUUGUUUGUGUUUUAAAUCUACUGGGUUAUUUUAAAUUAACUUUAGCUACACUUUUCGCAAAGUUACUGUGGUAUUUUCCGACUUCACCUUUCUAAAUCAUUUGCUCAAAAGGACUUGUGACUAUACUUAGUAGUGCUAAAUAUUACAAAGGGAGAUAUUUAAUCCAGAACUUCAGAAUUAAUCUUAGGCAAGCAUGACAAUACUCAACUUGAAUGUGCACGCAGCAGCACAAUUGUCAAAUGUUGUUCUAUUUAUCAUUUGCCAGUGGUGUAGUUAGUUAAUAUCUGAGUGCAAAAUAUCAUUGUUUGUAAUUUUCAAGUUAAUAAAAGUUGCAAACAAAAAUAUG